GCCGGGAUAUGGUAGGAUCCAGGCUCCCACCUGUGAAGUCCUUUCCAAUUCAAGUAACAAUCGUGCUGUUCCCUUCAAUGGGAAAUUUGCAUCGAUUUUUCCGUACAAAUGGAAAGAGCCUCUAUUAUUGAAAGUAGUGUAUUGUCGAAGAAAUAAUCCAGUGCUAUUAUUUUAAAAUGGUUGUCAUAACAGAGGACAUAUCGCUGGGAAAGGAGAAAGUUAAAGUUUCAGUGGUAAAUGAACUUGAUGACAGCAUACCUACCGAAUUUGGGGUAAUUUGUUAAGUGUACCAUUCUUAUUAACUAGAUUAAUCAAUCUUGCACUUACGAUCUUUCUUCUUUUCAAAAAGGAAAUUGGAUAAUUGGUAGCUAUCGAUGUUGUUUUCUCUUAAUUUUGUUUAAAUUGUUGGGGUUGUUCUUCAUAGUAUACUCCAGUAUGCAUCAGUGGGCCAAAUGUUAGUGAGGCAUUUAAUUCUCCAUUUUAUCCUGGAUGUGGAUGUCAUCAGACAAUGUGCACAAGAGACAAAUGCCCCUGCAUACAGAGUUAUGGACCAUCUUACAAUGAAGAUGGAUGCCUUCAAUUCUUCAAUCGACUAACUGGUAAGUAUUACAGACUCACAGAGUUCUCAAAGAUCAGUGUCUUUUGGGAAGAAGUUAUAAUUUUAUAGCUUUAAUUUGACCUAAAAUAUUUUGAGGGUAAUUAAAGGACCUUUGGUGAUCUUAAAUAAAAAGGAUCAAGAAAGGAUCUGCUAAGAGCUCUUUGAAAAAAAUCAAUGGAUUAAUGAUCCUUUGAGGAUUUGAAAGAUCUUCAAAAUGGUCUUUGCUAAGAUUCUAUGGAUUGUAAAGAUCUAAGCAGGGGAACUUGCCAGAGACACAUGAGGCUAAGUUCUUUGGAAAAUUCUGAAUAAUACAAUCCAGUUUCCAUGCUUAGUAAUUAAAGCAUUUUGGAGAAUCACUACUACUCCUGGAAUAGUUACUUGGGCAUGACAGGCUACUCAGUGUUUUGUCUGGUUUCCCUGACAUUUCACCAGGACAUGUUUGUACUCUUAGGCAGAAAAAGUCACUGGGAAGGUUAAGUGUCUUCCAUGCUUAAACUCAGUAACCACAGCUUAUUAACCGAUGGGCUUCUAAGUUUCAGACAGGAACCCAGUAAACUGUUGGUCUCAUAGAUAAGAUAAAACUCUUUUCUCUGAUAGAAUGUACAGCAGAGGUAGAAAUAAAGUAUCUGGCCAGAAGAUACUUGACUGCUGAUUGUUUAAAACUCUUAAAAAAGAAGGUAGAUCAUGGUACUUGAACUAAAAUGCUGGUGCCAAUUAUUUUAAAGAAUGUACAUCAAGUUUUAUUUUUCGUGACUUAUUGUCAAUAGAGUUUUGCCAACCAGUGUUUGAAUGCAACAGUCGCUGUUCUUGCUCCAAAUCUUGUCAGAACAGAGUGGUUCAGAACGGACAACAUCUUCAACUUCAAGUUUUUAAAACCAAACUCAAAGGAUGGGGCUUAAGGACUUUGGAAAACAUCCAAAAAUUUACUUUUGUGUGUGAAUAUGCUGGUGAACUUAUUUCAAUCAAAGAAGCUAAAAUGCGGGCUCAGGAAUUGACUCACGAAACUGGGAAUUAUUUGAUUGUUCUAAGAGAACACAGUUCGAAUGACAACCAAAUUCUAAGAACUCAUGUUGAUGCUCGUUUCCACGGUGGUGCGUCACGGUUUAUCAAUCAUUCAUGCAACCCUAAUCUGGUAAUGGUACCAGUGAGAGUUGAUUCCAUUGUUCCACAACUGGCUCUCUUUGCAGCUAGAAAUAUAGACAUUGGAGAGGAACUCUCCUUUGACUAUUCAGGGGAAUUUGAUCACUGGCACUCACAUGAAAUAAAAGUUGAAGUGCAUGAAUUGAAAUCUCUACAAGAACAAGGUAAGGAGCCAAAAAGUUGUCAAUGUGGUGCACUGAACUGCAGAGGUUAUCUUCCCUUUGAUUCUUCUCUGUAUUCCUCUGAAAGCCACCUGCCAAUCAGACCAGGGAAUAGCUAACUGAAGGCAGGCACAUGGGAAGAUUGGAAUCAAUAAACCUCUACAGCUGGUAAGCUUCAGUUACCAAACUGGAUAAGUCAA